AUGAAAUAUUUCCAGGUAUUACUUCACAUAAAAAAACCUAUAGGUGUGAGUUGUGGUAUGAUCAGCCAAUUUGUUUUAAUGCCAUUAUCUGGAUUUGGAUUCAGUCAAGCCUUCAAACUAAAAGCUAGUUAUGCUACAGGAGUAUUAGUUAUUUCCUGCUGCCCGGGAGGUGUACUAUCUAAUACCUUUACUUAUUUUUGUGAUGGAGAUUUGGCACUUAGCGUUACGAUGACGACAGCGAGUACAUUAUUAGCUUUAGGUUUUCUACCAUUCAAUAUGUGGAUUUAUGGCCAAAAUUUAGAAACGGAUAAUUUAAUCAUUCCCUACGAUAAAAUUGCACUGUCUCUGGUUUACAUUGCAUCCCCGGUAUUGGUUGGAAUGCUGUUACGUUGGAAAGUCCGAAGAAUCGCUUAUUACGUCACAAAGUUCGGAAGUUAUAGUGGUGUAGGUUUAGUUUUUUUCUGCAUUAUUUUACAAAUCGUCAUGUUCCCAUCCAUGUUCGAUUUAGUUCCUUGGAAAUUAUAUCUUGCUGUUGUAUUACUGCCAACAUUGGGACUAAGUAUCGGUUACGGUUUGGCUGCAAUGUUUCGUCAAUCUCUUCCAGCAAGAAAGACUAUAGCCUAUGAAUGUGGAUUACAGAAUGUUCCUUUGGCACUUAACAUGAUUUCCUUAUCUUUCACGCAUCACCAACAAGUAGAAAUCGUUGUAUUUCCAUCUCUAUAUGGCUUCUCUAUGGUUACUUCAGCGAGUAUAGCGUGCGUAUUUUAUCAAUCUUACAAAAAAUGGCUACAGACAAAAAAAGUGGAAGAAAAAGCGUGUAAUUUGGAUAUUAGAAGAAAACUAGAAGUAGACAAUAUGGUGGAUAACAUUAAAUCCUUCCAGAUAAAAUGGAAAGAUUCUGUAAUUAGAAUGGACAACAACUGCUUAUCGAAAUUGGCCUUUGGAUAUAAAUCUUUGGAAAGAGAGAUGGAUGUGGACCCUCGCAAAAACUUAAUCCAAAUUGUUGAUGAAGCAGAUGAUGACGAUGAUGAUGAUGAUGAUGAUGAUGAUGAGACUUGUCCAUAG